AGAGAAAAAAAAUGAGCCUUCAGGAACCUUCUGGAAAUCAGAACUCGGACUGAAAGCGAAAGGAGAGCCACUAGCCUUAAAACAUAAACAGUUGCAUUAUGACAGUAACCUAUACAAGUCGUGUGGCCAAUGCCCGCUUGUGCGGGUUUUCCAAGCUAUUGUUGCAGUGGAAGGGCAGCAUAUAUAAACUAUUGUACAAGGAGUUCCUCAUCUUUAUGCUGCUUUACCUCACUCUCAGCUGCACCUACAGGUUUAUGCUGAAAGAGAGCCAGAAGCGCUUUUUUGAGAAAAUGGCCAUCAACUGCAACAAUUAUGCUGAUUUAAUCCCAAUGUCAUUUGUGCUCGGGUUCUACGUCAGUCUGGUUGUGUCACGUUGGUGGAACCAGUACCAGAGCAUGCCAUGGCUUGACCGCCUCAUGUGUACUGUAUCCUGUCACGUCCAAGGCACAGACGAAUAUGGCAGGAUGCUGCGAAGGACAUUAAUGCGCUAUGCAAACCUUGCCUCCAUUCUCACCUUCCGUUCAGUCAGCACCGCAGUCUACAAACGUUUUCCCACCAUGAGGCACAUGAUGGAGGCAGGUUUCAUGACUCCAGACGAACACAGAAAGUUUGAAAGCCUGAAUUCUCCUCACAACAAGUUCUGGGUUCCCUGUGUAUGGUUCGUCAAUUUAGCAGUGAAAGCAAGGAAGGAAGACCGAAUCAGUGACUAUGUGUCAUUGGCACACAUCUUCAGAGAAGUAAAUAACUUGCGCAGCCAAUGUGAGAAGCUGUACAGUUAUGACUGGAUCAGUGUCCCUCUGGUUUACACACAGGUUGUCACCAUUGCGGUUUACAGUUUCUUUCUGGCCUGUCUGAUUGGGCGGCAGUUUCUUGAUCCCAGUCAGGGUUAUCCAGGCCAUGAACUCGACCUUUACAUCCCUGCAUUCACCCUACUACAGUUUUUCUUUUAUGCGGGCUGGCUUAAGGUAGCUGAACAGUUAAUUAACCCUUUUGGUGAGGAUGAUGAUGACUUUGAGGCAAACUGGCUCAUCGAUAGAAAUUUCCAGGUUUCUCUCCUAGCAGUUGAUGAGAUGCAUCAGAACUUACCAGCUCUUGAAAAAGACAAAUAUUGGAAUGAUAAUGACCCUAAACCUCCAUACACAGCCGCGACAACUGAACACAGGAAACCUUCCUUCCUUGGCUCCACUUUUGACAUCAGCAUGCUUAAAGAGGAGAUGGAAUUUCAACCCCUGGAGCAGAUCAAUGAGAAUGAAGAAGUAAACCAUGCCACUCCACUUCUGAGUAACUUAGGCCGACUGCUGGGAGUUCAGGCAACAAACUUUCAGAACAUUUCCAGAUCUACUCCUCGAAUCAAUCUAACAAGGAAGAGGAACGGCACAUUUUCACCAGCUUCUAUGUUCAGUUUCUUGAGCUCAGAAUCAACACCCAAUGGGUUUCAAAAUGAGGCAGGGGAUUAUGACAGCUUCAUAUCCUCCUCACUUUAUGAUAGGCCCGGCUACUAUAGUGCUCCUCAAACACCUAUACAAUCUAUACCCAUGACAUUUCCACUCAAACGGAUUCCUUUGAAGAAGCCCUCCAAGCUAGCCAACAUUUCUGCCUUCCCUACUGCAAACCAAGGAAGUAACAGCAGUAUGCUGGCCUCAAAAGCUGAUGAGCUGGACAAACACAACAGCAUUAAUACAAAUAAAAUUGCUUACCUUAAUGAACCAUCUGAGAAAAUAAUAGUCGAGGACAGCAGUCAAAACGUAGCUGAAGUAGAAGGUGCUACAAGCUUAAGCAGCAAAAAAGCAAUUUUAGAGUCAUCCAGCAGCUUCAAUCCUGGUAGCAGCAACAGCCUACUUUUGAUUCCUGAAAGUCCACAUUUUCUCUUUUCAGAUUGCUCUUCAGAUACAAAUAGUCCCAACAAUAUAAAGCAAAAACUUGAUGAUUUUCAGGAAUGCAAACAUCCUAAAUUGACCCUUGAGUCCCUUGGAUAUGUCAACAACCCAAACCUUUCAAAUCCUUUACUAAAUACUCCUGGCAAUGAAACAACCAUUUCAACCUUUUCCUUCACACCAGUGUCUUCCCCAACGCUGGGAAGGUCAAGGAUGAUAAGUCAAAGCGGAAGUGUAUCUGGCAUUGAUUAUAAAGCAGGAAGUGCUUCUUCCCCAGCAUUUCCCGGAACAGGGACUUCUUCCAAGUACCUCAAUCUAUCAGUUCAGUCCAUGACUACUGCUGAAGGCACCAGUGAUAUCAGUACAAAACCAAUGCUGAAAAAUAAGACUGUGGCUCCAAAUGAUUCAAGCUUCUCCCUCAAUGAUGGGGACCUAGUCAACUUCAUGGACAUCAUAAUUGAAACUGCAGAACAUAGUCCGCAGAAUGGGAAGCAGGAUAACAACUCAGAAUCAAGUAAUUGA